CUGCCCUCCGGCCCUGCCUGCGUCCUUCCCACUACGGUUCUCGGUGACAUUGAGCGCACCAGCGCCACCGCCGUUCCGUUGAGGUGUCGUGCUGGUCAGCGUGGUAGGCGGCCAUGGGGAGCCUCCGCAGCCUGCGCCUGGUGGCAGGAAGUUGUUUUAGGCUAUGUGAAAGAGAUGCUUCCUUAUCUCUAAGGCUUACCAGAAACUCUAAUUUGAAGACAGUGAGUGGAUUUUGCACCAAACCACAGGAAAAUCCAAAAGCACCAUCCCACACUUACAGCCACAGAGUGCCAUUACACAAACCUACAGAUUGGGAGAAGAAGAUUUUGAUUUGGUCAGGUCGUUUCAAAAAGGAAGAUGAAAUCCCGGAGACUAUCACGUUUGAGAUGCUUGACGCUGCCAAGAACAAACUCCGGGUGAAGGUCAGCUAUGUAAUGAUUGCCCUAACGGUGGCAGGUUGCAUUUUCAUGAUUAUCGAGGGUAAGAAGGCUGCUGGAAGAAAUGAGUCUUUAACAAGCUUGAACUUGGAAAAGAAAGCUCGUCUGAGAGAGGAAGCAGCUAUGAAGGCCAAAACUGAGUAGCAGAGGUAUCCAUGUUGGCUAGAUUUUGAAAAUCCAGAAAUAAUGUUGCAGCAAAAGUCUGUAUUAAAAAUGUGUGAGGAUUCAUGUCACAAGAGUAUAUAUUACGCACACACCAUUUCACUACAUUUGUUCUACAGGUACAAAUAAAUUUUCUUAAAGAAUGACUUGUCUUUUAUGAUGUUAAUCUGUGUAGAAUUUAGCCUCCCAGCUUUUUGUAGAAAAUGAAAAACAGGACAACUUAUUUUAACCAUAGUAUUAAUUAUUCUUGAGGAUUAGGUGCCAUAUCUUACUUUUAUUCCCAUUAUCAAAGUGACUUCUCUCCAGAGGCUAACAUAUAAAAUAAUUCCUAGUUUUUUUAUUUUUCUCUCUCUUCUGUAUAUUCACUUCUGUAGAGAAAAGGCCAGGGAGGUGCUACCCAGGUGCGUGUUGGAAAACUAGCCUUUCCAAAUGCCAUGUGCUUUCAGGAUGCUAGCUCCCAAAAGAGCCUAGAGAGGCAGCCAGCCCAUUGCUGUUUAUCUUCAGGCAUGCUGG